ACCCCAUGACAGGCAUUCCAGGGUGUUUAAUGUUGGGCUGAAAAGCUCUCCUUGCAUCAAGGAGGCAAUUGCUUGGUGCUGCACAGGUGAUAAACGAGGUUGAAGUCCAGGGCAGAGCGUCAUUAGCAGAAACUUGCCCUGUGUCCCCAAGAGCAAUUCCCUGCUGGCUGGAUUGGCCUCUCUGCUCUGCACAGCUGCUAAGGAUGCAAGGGUCUUGGUCGCUUGUAUGUCUGACGUUGCUGACAAAACUUUCAGCUGGCCCUCAACAUCUCAUCCAGGCGGUCUCUGUCAUCCAAUGUGGGACUUCCAGCACACAAGUAUGUGACUUUGUCUGUGACUGCUGGGAUUGUUCAGAUGAAAACCAGUGUGGUUAUCACAAGUUUUCACCCCUUCUGGAAAUCCCUUUCACUUGUGACUUUGAAGGCAGCACCUGUGGUUGGAAAGAUGUGAGCACCUCAGCUUACCAAUGGAUCCCAGGCCAGGCCAGCAUCUCAACCCAGGCGAUGGGACCUCCUUUUGACCAUACUUUGCGCACCGAUAUGGGUUGGUACAUGACCACCUCGAAUCAGAGAGGGAAGCCUUCUUCCAUAGCCAGGCUUGCAUCCCCGCAGAUGCAAGAAGCAGCUGCAACAUGUGAAAUCCGAGCAUGGUAUCACCUGUGGGGGCCAGGACUCAAUGAGACUCACCAACCCACUUUAACAGUGGAGCUGAUUCAUGCAAAUGACACCGUGAUGCUAUGGCAAAGCCCCCUGAGCAGCGCCUACUCCUGGCAGGAACUGGUUGCGUACACUGGCCGGGUUCACGGGAUGUUUCAGAUCAUCUUCUCUUCAACUCAAGCCUUCUCUGAGACAGUGGUGGUGGCACUGGAUGAUGUGGAGUUCAGAAAUUGUGGCCCCCCACAUCCCCAGGUCUGUGACAUGAAUGAAAUGGACUGCCAGCAAGGGGGAUGCGUGAGUUCGGACCGUUGGUGUGAUGCGACUGAAGACUGUAGAGAUGGCAUAGAUGAACAAGAGUGUGAUCCUACCAGAAUCUGUUCCUUUGAAGAGGGAUGGUGUGACUGGGUGCCUGAGAAUGGGAACCUUUCCUGGGCAAGGAACUCCAGCCGCAACAUGGCCCCGUCUCUAGCUUUCCCCACGCGGGACCACAGCACCAACAGUCAAGAAGGUUACUUUGUCUUUGUCAGCAACAGCCCCCAGAACCCACAAGGAAGGAUAGCGAGGCUGAUCAGCCCAACUGUGGAAGUAAACAACAGUGAUUCCUGCACCCUGGUGCUGUACAUCCACCUGUACAAUUCAGAUGCCAACAGCCUAAAUAUCUACUAUCAAAUAGGAGAAUCAAUGCAGCUCAUCAAGAGUCGGUCUGGAGAAAUGGGCAGCUAUUGGUUCCGAGAGCAAGUGGUUUUCAGUGUGCCAGGAAAGUUCCAGAUUGUCAUUGAGGGGAUGCUUGGAACAGAGCAUGCUGGGAACAUUGCGCUGGAUGAUCUGAUCCUGUCUUCUGGUUGCAUAAAGCAAGCACAUGAUGUUACUGUCAGCCCUGAGGUGGAAAUGCACAGUCCCUGUCCCACGGACCAGUUUGUGUGUGGCAAUAAGAUAUGCAUUGAUCGAGAACUGACCUGUGACUUUAAGGCAGACUGUAAUGAUGGUUCUGAUGAAGAGCAUUGUGGAAUGACAGGAUUCUCCGAAGGCGCAGGAGGGUGGAUGGAUGUCAGUGUGGGGCACCUGGAGUGGGCUGUGCAAACAAACAGGACAGAUUCUGUUGGGUACUCUUUCGGCCUGCAGGAAGCCCCGGGACAGAUGUUCUCACUGGCUAGGGCCAUCACCCCUGUUUUGGGUCCCUCAGGGCUGGCCUGCUCUUUGGAGAUGAACUUCACCAUUGGACCUCAAGGGUUUCUUGCACUUGCUGUUGCAGACAAGAGCCUGGGAACUCAUCUGACAGUGUGGUCUACUUUGGGAAAUGGUACUGUGGUGCACGCACAGGUCACAGUGUUUCUUGGUGCUAGAAGCAGGCCUUUCCAGCUUGAGCUACUGGGUCUGGAGAACCUCAGAGUGACCAAGAACCCCCUUCUCUCCAUCAGGAGUAUUAAGUUUGUGCAGUGUGACUCCAGCCAAGUGCUAUCAUCAGGACUGUCCUGCAACUUUGAAUCAGACUGGUGCAACUGGUUCAUUGAAAAAAGUGGUGGCUUUGAGUGGGAGCGACACAAGGGAGGGAGCAUGGACCAUACUACUGGCACAGGCUAUUUCCUCUCGGUGGAUCCUUCUGUCUGCAGCUGUCUCGGUUUCAGUGCACGUCUUGUUUCUACUCUCCAAGUCUCUCCUGAUCAGGGGCAAUGCCUUUCUUUCUGGUACCGCAUGGAUGGUCCCCAAAUUGGGACUCUAAACCUGAAGGUGAAGCACAGUGGAGAACCAGAGCAUGUCCUGUGGACCAGAACAGGGAGCCAUGGUGCUGUGUGGCACCGGGGACUCUCCAGCAUCCCCCACCAGCCUGCUCAGAAUUAUCAGGUGAUCUUUGAAGCCAACCGGGAUGGAUUCUUGGGUACAAUGGCACUGGAUGAUAUCACAGUGACGCUUGGAGACUGCAGUGCACAAAAUCAUUGCUUUUUUGAGACCAAUGACUGUGGGUUUUUGGGCACCAAGGAGCACCCAUGGAUACGGCAGAAUGGUGCAGGAGGUCAGGGCCCUCUGACAGACCACACCUUGGGCACACCGAAAGGACAUUACAUGAUCAUCAACUGCAGUGUGAACACCUUGCCAUUGGGGCAAAAGGCCACUUUACAGUCCCCAGCCUUCCCAUCUCGGCAUCACACCCAAUGUGUGAUGUUCUGGUAUCACCUGAACAGCAGUGACCCAGGGUCCUUGACCGUGUAUGUGGAGGAGAGAGGCAAACAAAGGAAGAUGCUGAGCAUCAACACAAUGCAAGGGGAAGCAUGGCACUAUAGCAACUUCAGUGUCCAGGUCCAAGAUGAAUGGCAGGUGGUGUUUGAGGCAGAAGGUGUAGGAGGAGGCUCCUCCUCCUACAUUGCCAUCGAUGACUUUCAUGCAAAGGAAGGAGCCUGCCCUAAAUCAGGAUCUUGUGAUUUUGAGUCCGGCAUGUGCGGAUGGAGCAAACCCCAUGGAGACUGGUACAACUGGGAUUGGAAGGAAGCGGCCACCCCACUGCGGUCCCUUUCCCCCAAGGAGGACCACACCUUUGGGACUGAAGCAGGUCACUAUGCUUAUGUUGACGUCGGAGUACUGGGGAUGGGCAAAAAUGCAGCCGGCCUAGCAAGUGAACACCUUCCAGCUACCACGGGAUCCUGCCUACGAUUCCAGUACCACAUGGAUUUCAGGGAGCAAAGCUCCCAAGCACAGCUCAAGGUGAAGCUCUUCAGCCAGCAAGGUGAACGAACAGUGUGGAGUGCCACUGGACAUCAAGACCUGUCAUGGAUGAGCCAGACUUUCUUUGUGAUGAGCCUCACAGAAUUCCAGAUUGUACUGGAAGCCACAAGUGGAGCAUGGCCAACCUCGGGGAUCAUUGCUGUAGAUGACAUCUCAUACACAGCUGGCUCAAGCUGUGAUCCCAUACAGGAAAUGGACCAGGAGGAAGGUAACAGCAAGAUUUCGGAGGCAGGGCUAGCAGCUGGCGUGGUGUGCUCCAUCCUCUUGGUGAUGAUUGGAAUAAUUGCUGUCAGAUAUUGUAUAAAGAAGCUGAAAGCACUGAGAGAUGGCAGACUAGAGGAGACUGUGGACAUUCAGGGCUUUGACAACGUCACUUUUCGAGAUGAUACAAUCAUCAUGCCAACAUUGCCAGAGGAUGAGGUAAUGGAAUAG